AAAAUAUUUCAUGAUUGUACAGAUGGCCUAUUUUCUCAAAAGGUAGUGCAAAACGCCCUCUCCCAGCCUGUCGUUCAAUCGUCAUGGUAUAUAGUGCAACGAUUAUGUCCAAACAACGUCGCAAGCCCCAACUCCCGGUCGUGAGACGCCGUUAUCUUCCCAUCCCAGCCCAUAAUCACUCUCAAUGCGGGCGCGACCUACUCGCCGUCAGGCACCCAUCUCAGACAUCGACAACGCACUGUGCUGUAGACCAACAGCGCGAAACUCGGAACGUCACCAUUACUUCAACCGCCACCGCCACAUUUGUAGCAUUUCGAAUGAUGCACCACUGUCCUGGGUGUUGAUACACCGCAAGGUCCUCGUCGUGAUGCUGCGCAUGGUAUUCUCUCGACGACCUUGUGCUUGCAGACGGUGUAUUCGUGGGUGACUUGAGUGCACAUUGUGGCUGAAUGCGUUCUGCUUGGGAUGGAAGAAGAAGAGCUUCAGUGGAGCCAGCAAUGCGAGCGUGACGAGAGGUCGUUGUGGUAGUUAACGUGGGUCACAUAUGUCGAGGCAGAGGGAAAGUGAAGUUCAAGCCUUGGGAGUCCCGUAAUACUUUAUGCUGAGUCGGGUCGCAAACAAAUUCCAUCACUACACCAUCUGUACGACAGAGGAAACGCUGGGUUGAGGGAUGGGUAUGCUUUCAUGGCAGACAGCCGCUGGUGUCCGGCCGGUAUGCUGUGAAGCAAGGAGAGGAUGUCAACGAUGCCACGAGAUGGCAGGGUUACCGUCUGCAAGUUCCCAUCUCUUGUGGUCUGUUGACAACGCUGUCUUUUUUUUUCUUACCAUCGCUGGCGUCAAAGCGCGAGAGGGUAUGCUGGUCCCGUAUGUAAGCUAAAUGCCGGGUUGUUUUGUGCCCGCUGAAGCGUUUCCAGGAUAUCCUGGUCGCAGUGGUCUUCACCAGAUUCCCCAGACGUCGAGGCGUCAGGCGGCUGCAUAUGCCGUCGUGGCUGAGUGCGACCCGCGACGCGACAAGUCAAUGAGACGAGUGUCCUUCCAAGCCAACAGGAACUGUUGGUCCAAGGCGUGGAUCAAACGGUCCACCCGCCUAGCUGCAUGGUGCUUUCGGCAUCGAUUCCCCCAGGACCAAAACAGACGCAUCGCAUUUGGCAUGUCUACUCGACGCCGACCCCUCCAUGGUGCAUGGCAGCCACGAGGAGUGGUCAUUGUCGUCGUCGUCUGUUGCCAGUGGUGGAGGUGGAGGUGAAGGUGGAGGAGGUGGUAG